AUGAGUGAGGACGUGAAGUUUGACCACUUGGUCAACUUUGGGUCUGCUAAAUUUCUCCAUGAGCCUCGCCUGCCCAGGCCUCGGAUCCUCACCUGUAGCACCCGCCAAACAGAGGCCACGUGGGGAUCACAGGGAGGGAGGGAGGGCGAGCGAAGGUCACAUGGCCUCCCUGGCCUGCUGCCGCUGCUGUUGCGGCAGGAGCAGGAGCGUGGGGACCAGCGGCUGGACGGGUGGGGGCUGAGGCCUGCAGCUCGUGAUGGCGGUGGAGCCUGGCAGCUGGGAGGGCAAAGGACCAGCCUCUCUGCCCCUCCCCUUGGCACCUGGGAGCCUGACCUCCAGCCUCCCUCACCUGUCCAGGAAGGAGCCACACACUCUCUGCGUGAUGUGCCAAGAGGCUGCAUCUCCACUGAUGAGCUGGGACUCCCCCAUCCCCAUGCCCUUCCUCCCCCAGCUUUGGAAGGUGGCCUUUCCCUGGUGGCCCUGCCAAUCCAUGACGAGGAAUCCGAGACACAACUGCAGGCCAUGCAGCGGCGGGUACUUGGCUGUCCUACCCCAUCCGCUCUGGUGCAGACAAACGGACUUUCUGUCUCUAUGAAGUUGCCUCUUCUGGACACUCGAAAUGAGUGCAAUCAUACCGCCUGUGCCCUUCAGUGUCCAGCUCAUGUCACUUGGCUGAUAUCCUGAAGAUUCAUCCACAGUGCAGCGUGUCAGAACUUCGUUUGUUUUACGGCUAGAAUAUAUUCCAUUGUAUAGCUGUGUUCCAUUAUGUUUACCCACUCUUCUGCUGAUGGACUUUGGGGCUGUUUUCCGCCUUUUGGCUAUUGUGACUAGUCCUGCUGUGAACAUUCAUGAGCCAGUUUUUGUUUGAA